GAGCUUCCAGCAGCCGGUCCAGGCCUGUGCAUUCAUGAGUGAGAAACGCCAGCAGGCGCUGAGCAUCCUGACCACUCUGAGAGCGGGGGCCUGGUCAGGCACAGGGUGAUGGCGGCGGUCCUGGGUCCCUGGAACGGCACGGUCAAUGACACCUGGGAUGGGGAUGAUCUGGGCUACAAAUGCCGCUUCGACGAGCAGUUCAAGUACGUGCUGCUCCCGGUGUCCUACGGCGUGGUGUGCGUGCUCGGCCUGUGCCUGAACGUGGUGGCCCUCUACGUCUUCCUGUGUCGCCUCAAGACCUGGAACGCCUCCACCACCUACAUGUUCCACCUGGCCGUGUCCGACUCUCUGUACGCCGCCUCCCUGCCGCUGCUGGUCUACUACUACGCCCAGGGUGACCACUGGCCCUUCAGCGCCGUCCUCUGCAAGCUGGUUCGCUUCCUGUUCUACACCAACCUCUACUGCAGCAUCCUCUUCCUCACCUGCAUCAGCGUCCACCGGUGUCUGGGCGUCCUGCGGCCCCUGCACUCCCUGCGCUGGGGCCGCGCCCACUAUGCCCGCCGGGUGGCCGCCGUCGUGUGGGCGCUGGUGCUGGCCUGCCAGGCGCCCGUGCUCUACUUUGUCACCACCAGCGUCCGGGGAUCCCGGAUCACCUGCCACGACACCUCGGCGCCCGAGCUCUUCGGCCACUUCGUGGCCUACAGCUCCGUCAUGCUGGGCUUGCUCUUCGCCGUGCCCUUCGCGGUCAUCCUGGUGUGCUACGUGCUCAUGGCGCGCAGGUUGCUCAAGCCCGCCUAUGGCACCGCCGGAGGCCUGCCCCGGGCCAAGCGCAAGUCGGUGCGCACCAUCGCCCUGGUGCUGGCUGUCUUCGCCCUGUGCUUCCUGCCUUUCCACGUCACCCGGACCCUCUACUACUCCUUCCGCUCGCUCGAUCUCAGCUGUCACACCCUCAACGCCGUCAACAUGGCCUACAAGAUCACCCGGCCGCUGGCCAGCGCCAACAGUUGCCUCGAUCCCGUGCUCUACUUCCUGGCCGGCCAGAGACUCGUCCGCUUUGCCCGGGAUGCCACCCCCAGCCCCCAGGCUCGCCCCAGGCUGGGUCUGCACAGGCCUGGCAGAACUGACACCAAGAGAAACAAUGCGUCCGUGGGCAGCGAGGACUCGAGGCGGACAGAGCUCACGCCAAGCGGCGUGAAUGAAACCAAAGACAUUCACCUGUAGCGUGGGAGCCCUCCAGGCCUUCAGGAGCGAGUUCGUGUCCCCGAGCUGCAGGGGAUUGGGGCUGGUUCAAGAAUGGUUCCAGCUAGGGACCAUCAGCUGCUCUGUUCUUUGGCAGGGGUUCAGGAUAGUCUUGGAAUGGUCUAGAGAGUCGCGGGGCCCCCACAGUCCCCAGCUGUCAUUUGUAGGUGUGAGUUGGGGGAUUGGGUUCUGAGAAAGGCAAGCCUUGAGGGUCGGUGCCACCUGACUCCCAUGAAGACAGUUCCUGCCAAGGUACCUAGGCUGGAGUCCAGCUUCUCAAGUCCAGUGGAGAAACAGGCCCGGAGAGGAAGGUGACUCACACCGCGGAGUCUGGCUUAAGUCGCUGGAGCGGGGGUGGGGCCCCAGGUUGACCAAGGACCCUGAGAAAUAGUCAGGACUGAGUGCCUGUAGGGGUCUGGGAUGGGACUGGAUACCACGGUAGAAUCGGAUCAGAGGAGGGUCCCCCAGGCCAAGACAUGAAUGUCUGGGGUCAUGUCAGACCCAUCUGCAGGCUCUUCUCAGCUGGGAGCCGGUUUGAAGCUGUGACUUACACUAAAGGCCGUGUGGCCUGUUGGGCUGGGCUCUGCUACUGGUGGGAAGAUGGGACAGAGCCUGGGAAGUUUCCAACGUCCACAGUCAGGCUUCCCCAGCCUGUUCUCUCUUGCUACCUGCCUCUCCAUCACUGCUUCCAAGGGAGUCUCGUAUCAGGGAUCCUUAAAAUACCCCAGGUUACCCCACUUCUCAGCCAAGUUGGCUUUUGUGUCAGGUGAUGUGCUGAGCACAAAGACAGAUGGGGUCCCAGUCCUUUGGGGUUCCCCAGUUUGGGUUAUAAUAACAUCUCAUGCACUGGUAAAUGUGGAACCAUUUAACUGGAUCUCUGGUAGAGGGUGAGAGGCACCCUUUAUUUGUAGCACCGGCAGUUGCUGCGGUGCAAAGGGUCCUACCGUGGCCAGUUUCAGAUUAUCAAUGCGACGUCAA